CCUCGACUAUCUCUUUCGCCAUCUAAAUUCACUAAUAAAGAAUAUAAAAGAUUUGCGCGGGCAGACGCGCAUGCCGCCAAAGAAAAGCAGGUUUCAGAAUCCGUGAUUCCCAUCAUCGAGGGCAAGAUCGCGGACGCGAGAUGCCGCUCGGGAGGAAUCCCGUUUACUAACCUCGACCCUCUGACGGACGGCACGCUUACACCCGGGAACCCAGACAUCUACUACGGCGCGCGCCCCGAACAGCUCGCUCGAAAAGUCCGCGACGAGAUUGGCGGCCAAAUCACUCCUUCAACGCAGCAUGAGGAUGCCCACGACCUUCCCCUCGCGCCAAACUUUUUCCUGGCGGCCAAGGGGCCGGAUGGAUCGCUGGCGGUGGCUGGACGACAGGCUUAUUACGACGGCGCAUUGGGAGCAAGAGGCAUGCACAGUCUUCAGUUAUACGGGAAAGACAAGCCUGUUUCCGAUAACAACGCUUAUACUGUUACGUCGAUUUAUCACGGCGGCACUUUUAAAAUGUACACCAGCUACCGUGCUUAG